AUGACUUUUGAUGCUUUUGCCCGCGGCAAGAGAGAAACAACUGAUACUGGUCCUGGAAUGUAUAACAUUCCUAGUACCAUAGGUGCUGGUCCAAAAUUCUCAAUUCGUGGCCGUUCUACAGAACUUAAACCACAAUAUGCCCCCAAAUAUUACCUUUUACCUUCCACAUUAAAUAAAAAUGGCAUAAACAUCGGUCAUGAGCUUAAAUUUAAGAAAGAUUUUCGUCAAACAGCAGUUUCAGAACCAAAUUUAUAUGCAAUUCCUUCUACAAUUGGUCAAGGACCAAAAGUAUCAAUCAGACCUAAAAUGUCAUCGAAAACAGAGAUAACACCAGGCCCAGGGCAGUACGAUCCUAAAAUUAAUGAUAAAGGACCUGCUUUUGUUGUUGGAGUUGGACGUCGUUUCGAUUUCAUACAGGAUAAUAUCUUAGUUCCUCCCGGAUCUUAUGACAUCCCAUCUACUAUGCAACCACGUGCUGUUAUUAAUCAUGCAGAUCAUGGACCAACUAGAAGGCCAAAGUUUCAGAAGAAACAGCAUCCAGGUCCAAUUUAUGAUGUUGUUCAACCAUUUGGACACGAUGCAAGAAGAUGCCAGUUCCCAAAGAACAAAACAGAAAAAUCAAUUCCGAAAACUCCAGGUCCUGGUGAAUACGAAGUUCUCAAGCCAUUUGGAGAGUCAUCGAAGCGAAUUUAUACCACAAUGCACGUCAGAACUAAAGAAAGAAGUAGAUCUGUUUUUGAUGUCCCUUAUUACGAUAUUCCUUCUACAAUUGACAAUAAGAAGAAGAUUCAUAUGUUAUCUAGACCACCAACUUCAUACGAAACUCCUUCCCCUGGACCUGUUUACGAUAUUCCAACGUCAAUUGUUCCUCGACCAAUGACUAUUGGUGUUAAAACUGAGAAGAAGAACCCAAUGAGCGAUAUUCCAGGUCCUGACGCAUACUUCAGCUCUGAUGCUCCUAAAGAUAUCAGCGAAGACGUUGUUUGCCCUCUUGACGGACCAUAUGCAAGAGAUAUUAUCAAUUAUAAGGAAGUUUCAAGUCUUCCUGGUCCUGGACAAUAUGAUGUUGACGCUGGAGAAAAGAAUAAAAAGAAAGGAUUCACAAUUUCGAAUCGUGACCUUAGUCCUUCACGUCCAGAUACAUCAGCACCUUAUCGACUAUUAUCAUCUACUCUUGGCGGACCAUCUUAUACUAUUAGUCUCAAAGAUUAUUAA